AUGUCUCCCUCCGCCGUCCCCAUGGGUGACACUGUGCCCUUGUUCAUUAGCGGUGAAGAGUACCACCCGGAUAAGUCUUUUGACGUCGUCUCUCCUAGAACGGGCAAGGUGAUUCAUCGUUGCGGAAACGCCAGCCUCGACGAUGCUCAGUCGGCCGUCGCUGCAGCCCAUGCUGCGUUCCCGGCCUGGCGGCUGACUAGGCCUGCUGAGAGAAGAGACAUCUUCCUCAAGGCCGCACAGAUCAUGGAGAGACGACGGUCCGAGCUGGCCGAGUACCUGGCCGAGGAGACUGGUGGGCUCGAGCCGUGGGCCAACUUCAACAUCGGUGUAGCUAUCGGCAUGAUCAAGGAUGUCGCCGGUCGAAUCUCGAGCAUUGAGGGCUCCUUCCCAGCCACGCAGAAAGCAGAUGUCAGCUGCAUCAUCAUGCGCGAGCCCUAUGGCGUCGUUGUCGCCAUCGCCCCGUGGUCAGUAGCAGUGCUGCUGCCCAGCUUCCAGUCUCACACGACUAACAUGAAGCCGCGCAGGAACGCCCCUUACAUUCUCGGAACCCGUGCGGUCCUGUUCCCCAUGGCAGCCGGUAACACGGUGGUGCUCAAGGCGACCGAGAUGGCGCCCAAGACCAUGUGGGCGAUCGCCUCGGUGUUCCACGAAGCUGGCCUCCCCAAGGGCGUCCUGAACACGCUCACCCACGAGACGGCGAGCGGAGAGUCCAUCACAGCAGCGCUCAUCUCGGACCGGCGCGUGCGCAAGAUCAACUUUACGGGCAGCACGCGCGUGGGCCGCAUCAUUGCCAGGCUGGCGGGUGAGAACCUGAAGCCGACGCUGCUGGAGCUGGGCGGCAAGGCGCCCGCCAUCGUGUGGGACGACGCGGACCUGGACGUGGCGGCGACGCAGUGCGCCCUGGGGUCGUUCAUGCACUCGGGCCAGAUCUGCAUGAGCACCGAGCGCAUCCUCGUCCACGAAAAGGUCAGGGACGCCUUCGUCGAGAAGCUCAAGGGCGCCGUCGACGCCAUCUUCCCGCCCGCGCAAGAGGCGCCCGUCCUCAUCAGCCGGGUGGCGGUCGACAAGAACAAGCAACUCGUGCGGGACGCUGUGUCGAAGGGCGCCACGGUCCUACACGGCGACGUCGACGCCCACGGCGAGGAGCUGUCCGACACCGAGAUGAGGCCCGUCAUCAUCGGUGAUGUGACGCCCGACAUGGACAUCUACCUCACCGAGUCGUUCGGUCCCAGCGUGUCCCUCAUCACCGUGUCGACGGAGGAGGAGGCGGUGCGCAUCGCAAACGACACCGAGUACGGCCUCAGCUCGGCCGUCUUCACCGCCGACCUGCGACGGGGCCUGCGCUUUGCGAGGCAGAUCGAGUCAGGCGCCGUGCAUAUCAACCACAUGAGCGUUCAUGAUGAGCCUGGUUUGCCUCAUGGUGGUGUCAAGUCAAGCGGAUUUGGGCGCUUCGGUACAAUGUCUGGUUUGCAGGAGUGGCUCUGGACCAAGAAUGUCACGUUUGAUGACUGA